AUGGCGCCAACUAGACUGAGCGGCCGAGAUGCUGAGCCACCCAAAUUGCGACGCAUACCACAGCUCCAAGGCGAGAGCAACUACCGGGAUUGGGAGUCAGCCCUGUUCUUUGUGCUUACGUUCCACGGCAUCAAGAGGUAUGUCCCCGACGGCGUGGAGGAGGAGGAGGGGGAGGACGACGACGACGACAAUGAAGAUGAAGAUGAGAAGGGACGGGUUUGGCGGGAGCGCAUGUGGGAAUAUUCCCUUGUGAGAGAAUACAUUGACUCCAGGUUCGUCGACCGUCUCGAGUGCUACGGCUUGAAGUUUGGCAAAGACGAGGAAUACCAUCCCAAGAAGCUAUACGACACCAUCGUCAAGUGUAUCGGCCCACGUGCAAAACAACAACAACUUGCGACCGAGAAGCUGGUGGAUGAGUGGUUGGCCAAGCGAUGUUGA